GGUUUGCAAAAACACUCCUCAGGCUGUUUAUUUCUUUUUAGCUGCCAGUAUGGAUACGCAGCUAAACGCACAGCUACAGUGACGCACCAGAAGUACGCGGCUGGGAUUGAAUUCUAAUCAGAGUUGUGCGUUGAUCCAGAGCUGCAGCCAUGGUGCAGGAGUACCAGUCCCCUGUUCGGAUCUACAAGCGUCCAUUUGAGUUAGUUAUGGCGGCCUAUGUGAGGAGGUUUCCAAAGUGCGGGUUGAUCCCAGUGUUUGUGGACAGUGAGAUCAUCAACCAGAGCCAAAGUGAAGAUGGAUCUGUGGUGGUGACGGAGAGGCGCUGCACGAUCGACAUCGAAGCCCCGCGACUUCUCAAACGGAUUGCAGGCGUAGACUACCUGUACUUCAAACAAAAGAACACUCUGAACCGCAGCAACCGGACCCUCCACAUCCAGGUCCACAACGAGACCUUUUCCAACCGAGUCAACGUCCGUGAGUCCUGCAGCUACACGGUUCAUCCCGAGAAUGAGGACUGGACGUGUUUUGAACAGUCUGCUAGUCUGGAUAUUAAGUCCUUUUUUGGUUUUGAGAGCACAGCAGAGAAGAUUGCAGUGAAACAAUAUGCUAGUAGCAUUCAAAAGGGUAAAGAAAUAAUCGAGCACUACCUCAGAGAGCUGGAGAAAGAAGGAGUAACGUACGUACCUCGUUGGACGCCCCCUGACGUCUCCGGCGGUGUCGAAGCAAGGCUCCAGCUGCCGCCCCCCUCUGCUGCCAGAGCCAUCCCAGGGAGCAGCGCCAAGGAUGGGCUGUGCAGUAAAGAUCCGACCAGUCCUGUGGAGUUACUACCGGGUUCGCCUGAUGACAAGUUGGAUGCUGACUACAUCCGACGUUACCUAGGUGAUCUAACGCCUCUGCAGGAGAGCUGCCUUAUUCGGCUGCGUCAGUGGCUCCAGGAAACUCACAAGGGCAAGAUUCCAAAGGAUCAGCAUGUGCUGCGCUUCCUCAGGGCCAGAGAUUUCAAUCUAGACAAGGCCAGGGAGUUCUUGUGCCAGUCACUGACAUGGAGAAAGCAACAUCAGGUGGAUUUCCUGUUAGACACAUGGGAACGUCCACAGCUGCUUCAGGAUUAUUACAGCGGAGGCUGGCAUCACCAUGACAGAGAUGGCCGUCCUCUGUAUAUCUUGCGUCUGGGUCAAAUGGACACCAAGGGUUUGGUACGAGCUUUGGGAGAGGAGGUGCUACUGAGACAGAUCCUGUCCAUCAACGAGGAGGGACUGAGGCGCUGUGAGGAGAACACCAGAGUCUUUGGUCGACCCAUCAGCUGUUGGACUUGCCUCGUGGAUCUGGAAGGUCUGAACAUGCGUCACCUGUGGAGACCAGGCGUAAAAGCUCUGCUGAGAAUCAUCGAGGUGGUUGAGGCCAACUACCCUGAAACUCUGGGCUGCCUGCUUAUACUGCGAGCUCCUCGAGUUUUUCCGGUGCUCUGGACCCUGGUCAGCCCCCUGAUUGAUGAGAAUACUCGUAAGAAGUUCCUUGUUUAUGCUGGAAACGACUACCAGGGUCCAGGAGGCUUAGUGGACUACAUUGACAGAGAAAUCAUCCCCGAUUUCCUACGAGGGGACUGCAUGUGUGACAUCCCUGAGGGAGGUAUGGUCCCCAAGUUUCUGUACAGGACAGCAGAGGAGCUGGAGGGCGAAGAAAACCGCCUGCUGACCGACUCCAUCUAUAAGAGCGCCAGUAUCUUCAAGGGAGCUCCGUAUGAGAUGCUGAUUGAGAUCGCAGAGGCCUCCGCCGUCAUCACCUGGGACUUUGAUGUGUCUAAAGGAGACGUGAUCUUCAGUAUCUACCAUUCCAAGAGGCCUCCGAAGAAAGACAGCAUCACUUCCCUGGGGGCUGGUAAUGCCCAGCUGAUAGACAGGAGCUGGGUGCUGGGCCAGGACUACAGCAUGGUGGAGAAAGCCUUCACCUGCAGAGAGGGAGAGAGCGUGCAGGGCUCCCACAUAACUCGCUGGCCCGGCUUCUACAUCCUCCAGUGGCGCUUUCACAGCUUGGCAGCCUGUGCCGCCUCCAGCCUGCCUCGCGUGGACGAUGUACUGGCCUCCCUGCAGGUCUCCUCCCACAAGUGCAAGAUCAUGUACUACACCGAGGUGCUGGCCUCCCAUGACUUCAGGGGAUCUAUGAGCAGUCUGGAGUCUUGUCAGAGCGGUUUCUCACAGCUCAGCGCUGCCACGACUUCUUCUAGCCAAUCACAUGCCAGCUCCACGAUUUCAAGGUAGCAUCUGUGCAAUCAGAGUCUGAAGGCAACAAUGACCAAAACUGACUGAAGCCCAACUCUGCCUUACGCCUUCAAAGACAGUUUUUAACUCAGUAGAAUAAAUUGUAAUCCAACAAUUAACUGUGAGAAUUUAAUACUGUGUCAGCGGAUCAGUAAAGUUUCAUUUUUGUCAGGUUUUAGGGAUCCUGUCCUUAUGUACUUGUUGUUUUGUUUUUGUAAUAGUGUACAGUUUAACAAUACAGAUGCAAAUAUCAGAUGUCAUUUCUAUUACGUUGGUUUCAAUGACACUACAGAUGCAUGCAUUAUUAGAUAAGAAUAAAUAAGAAAAAGCAUAAAAGUAAAAAAAAAAAAAAAAGUAUAUACAUAUCUGUGCAAUGCAGCCUCUGUCCUUGAUAUGUCCUUUAUCGCCCACAAGAUGUCAGUGUGCUCUGGGACUAGAGCUGCUCUCAGAUCUGCAGUGUGUUUAGCACUUGCGGUUUAGCUCACACACUUCAUCUGGUCUUCUAGGAAAUCAAAAAAGGAAUUGUUUAAAUAAAGACUGUAUCACAAGAUUAAA